AUGGUAGCUCUUGGAUGCCUGCGUCUCCCAGGGCACGGAGGCGCCACGGCUGUCUGCACGUUGGACGAUGCUGCUGGCAUGCCGCGGGAAGAUUGGCGCGCAAAUGUAGAGCUAGGUGGCCUGAUGAGGAUCGCCUCAUCUGCCUUUUAUCGCCCAGCACCACUAGGCGGCAACGGCACUUGGGAGAAGUGGCAUGGAGACCCGUAUCCUCCACUACCAGACUGGUUCCCUUUGGAGGCACUAUGA